GUUUAGCUAGCGUCUCAUUGCCUGUCUGGACAUGGACAGAGAGAGGACUGCCCCCUCCUCUGAGCCUCAACCCAAAUAGUGAUGACUCCCACCAAACAACAGGAGAUUGACGGAGAAAUGGAGAGAAUUAAUAAGGAAACAGGAGAACUGAGCAGUUCUGGCGAGUCGGGAGAGAGCUCUGAGCUGAAGACAGACAAGACUCUGGAUGGAAAGAUGGAGGAAAUGUCUGCAGAAUGUGGAAAACUGCUCAGAGAACAGCUCUGUGAGCUCGGCAAAAAGGUCCAGCUACCCCAAGACCUCAGAGAUGAGUGCCUCUUCCAAGUUCUCCCUCUUUUCAUUCAGGCAUCUGAGAGCGGCUGUGUGACUGAAGAUUUAAACCUGAAGGAUUUGGCCUUAUUAACUGUAGAGACCCUGGUGUUUCACAUUCAGCAAAGAUUGACAGAGAGACCAGCAGAGGAUGCCCGUCAUGAGCUGGAGCAGUUUUUCCAGAGGUCUGAGGUGAACAGCUGUAAGGGAUGGCUCUUGUUAAAAACGAUGUCACUCCUGACUUGCCACGCUUCUGGCGUGAGUGCAGCGGGUGAGCCAAGCCUGUCCGCUGCGUUAGUGAAGUGCUUGUAUCUGUUUGUUGCUCUGCCUUCUAGAAUGGGCAAAAAUGGAGGAGACAAUGUCACAUCCUCUUUUCAGGAUAUGCUAAUUCAGGUAAUCCUACAGCUGUGCAGACAGGUUAAGUUUGUGGAGGAGCUGGUCUCCACAGAGGAGUUCCAGUGUCUUAUCAUAGCGCUUACCUCCCUGUGGGACCAGUGUAGUUCGUCAUGGCGACGGCAGGCCUCCUGCGUGCUCAGGGCCGUGUCUGCUGCUCAGGCUCCCAACACGGUGUCUGUUCUGCAAGCUAAGAAAUGCAUUAGGAUCUGCAUUCAGAAUCUGCAGAAGAUAGCCCUUCAGGUCCCGGGGCCCGUGUUGGCUGAAGUGGCUGUGAGUGUGUUCAGUUUUGUGAGGGAUUCAUACCCAAAUAACCCAGCUCUUUUCGAGGAGUUUGAGAACCAUGACGGCUACGCGGUCCUUCAAGCAAUCAUGUCCAGCUGUGAGAAGGAUGUUACAGAGGAGAACUUACAGCCCGUGGAAGACCUUCUGGGCCUCAUCGCGUCAUUCACGCUGUUUGGCAAAGCUGAGUUGAAGGUGGCCAUUUGUGUGAACAAUCCCCAGCCCCCCGGCUUUAAAUUCAACCCGGUCCUAACCGAAGGCUCCACCGUGAAAAAUCUCUCCGCUUUCCGAAUUCUCCAGUCUUCAUUCCUCCGCUCAGACAACGCGCUGACCUGCUGUCAGAUCCUCCACACGGUGCAGACCAUCUGGUCCUGGGACAAGGCUAACUUCUUCUUGCUGGAGUGGACGUUACAGUCCCUGGCGCAGGUGGCCGAGUGCGCCUGGAAGAAACCCCCCGCCGUCCAUCGCCUCUUCUUCGAGCUGCUGGAGACGGUGGUGUUUCAGCUGUCUUACAUCCCUCACGAGACGCUGAAGAAGGUACAGGCCGUGUUUAAGCAGAGCCCGUCGGAGAACUUCAACGCGGUCGCCCUGGAAUGCUUCUACAAGCUCGUGAUUCGUAGCGGGCUCCUGUCGGAGGUGCUGAGCGACGGGGGGCUGAUGGAGAUGCUCCUGGGAGAGCUCAAGAGGAGGGCCAAGAUUUUGAGGAAGGCUGGGAUUACGGAAAAUAAUAACCUGCCAAAAACGGAGGACUUUGAGAGGACCCUGACCUAUAACAUGCUGAAAGUGGUUGCGGCCCUGGCACUGCGGUCGAUACGAAGUACAGUGUCCAUUAGAGACCUGGGAAUGAUUCCCUACAUAAAGAUCUUUCUGAACGACGAGCGUCUGCGUAGCCCUGCGCUGUGCAUCCUGGAGCAGCUAUCAGAGAUUAACCCAGAGGAGUACAUGAGCACCACAAUAGGAGCACUCUGCUCCUCCACAGAGAAUGAACUACAGCUUAAACAGGAUCUCCUGCAGUCUAUCCUGAAAGUGCUGGAAUACCCUAACAGCUGGAAUGCCUUUCGGACAUCCGGGGGCUUCGACGGGCUUCUGUCCAUUGUGGUGGACAUGGAGGGCGCCUUGCGGGAGCAGCCGGAGGGAGUGUGGGCCUCCCUCAGCCGCCAGGCUGUCAUGGAGCUCCUCCUCCUCACCUUACACACCGUGGCUCUGGCCGUUCACGUCCACCCGGUCAACGCCCACUUCUUCCACGUCACCGACCGCUACGCCAAACUGGCCGAGGCGCUGCUCCAACUGGGAUGCUUCCGGAGCGGCUCUGCGGUCCACGCCGGCGCUUCUGAGGCGGAGCGCGCCCUCCGGAGGACUUUCCACCAGUUUGUGGCGUCGGCGGUGGAGAGCCAAGGACCUCCAUUGCCUCCACCCCUGCAGGACUGCGUCCGGUUACUCAGCUAUCUGGAAGAGUUUGCCACGGGGACUUCCCUGAUCACAGACCUUUGUGCCAGUGUCCAGGAAGGUUCGGAGACGGAGGAGCCCCAGGCUGCUCAGAGGGACGAUCAGCCAAGAGCCAGAGAUCAGGCCGGUGAAGUGGAGAGUCAGGGGAGAAGCAGAAACGCCGCUCUCAGUGUAUCAUCAGCCAGCCUUGAGUAUGGCGGCAGGCUUUCAGGUGGUCAAAGUAUCUUGCAUCCCGGUGCCAUCAAAGUCAUCAUGACUCUUCUACCAUGCAUAUUCUGUCCCAGUCACCCUCAGCUGUCCACGGAGCUCCAGUUAGCUGUGGCCCAUCAUGUGUUAAAUCUGGUGAAGUCGGAGCGAAACAGGCAGAUCAUGUGUGAGGCAGACCUGCUCUCUACUCUGCUGACUCACUGUGGAGACAUCCUCAUCGACAACACGCACACACUGCACCUGCCGGUGGUUCGCAUCCUGGAAAAACUGGCCUCGCACUCCAUAGACCACAAGUGUCUCAGACAUUUCAUGUGUCUUGGAGAUCCUCUGAUGUGCAGUGUGGAAACACUGACUCUCCCCUCCUCUAAUGAGGCAAUCCCACAACGCUCUGCUCCUGUUUCAAAUGGGCAUAGCACAGAUCAAGCUGAAUCCUCCACAGAGGAGGAGAAGAAAACAUCGAAUAAGACACUGAAAAGGAGCUUCAGUUUGUUGAAGACGUCGACCAAUAGCGGCUCAGCCAUUCCUCUUCAUCAAAUCAUCAGCCUCAUCUCAAUGACAUCACCACGGAGCUUCCGCCCUCACAAGGUCUCUGCCUGCCCAUCAUUCGUGGAAUUUGACAUGACUGACAGUGGAUAUGGGUGUCUUUUUCUGCCUUCUCUGGCCACGGUGAAAGGCGUAAGCGCAGACUCCAUCUCUACCGGCGGUGUGGGGACUGACUGUAGGAGCUUCCCUCCCUCCGCUGGCCUUUCUUUCUCCUGCUGGUUCCUGAUUAGCAGGUUUAGUGCGGCGUGUGACUCCCACCCCGUGCGCCUCCUGACGGUGGUUCGUCACAUGUCUCGUGCAGAGCAGCAGUUCAGCUGCCUGUCAAUCACUAUCUCUGCCCCCGACGGCUCAUUGGUCAUUACAACAGAUGAAGAGGCCUACCAGUUCUUAGACAUGAUGGAGCCAGAUGUGCGGACUCCAAACUCGCUGCCGGGAACCGUGCGGUUUAACUGUUCAAAACACCUGACGCCGGGGCAGUGGCACCAUGUUGCCGUAGUGAUAGCCAAAGACAUAAAACGCAGCUGCCGAGUCAUGGCUUACCUGAACGGGAGCGCUGUCGGAACGGCGAAGAUGAAGUACAUCCAGCCGUUCCCGGGCCAGUGCAUAUCCAUGGAUCCCGCGGCGGUCAUCGACGUCUGUGGGAUCGUCGGCACCCCGUCUCUAUGGAAACAGAACGCCGCGCUAAUCUGGAGGGUCGGGCCCACCUACCUGUUUGAGGAAGCGCUGAGUUUGGAUUCGGUCCAGGUUAUUUACGCUCAGGGAACAAAGUACUUGGGAAGCUACCUAGCACUUCAGAUACGAGGCUGUGACUCAGACCAUAAGGAAUCCACAGUUAGGAUGAUCCCGCCAGAGCGGAUCUCCUUCGGCAUAAACCCAGCAGUUUACACCAUCACUACGGUGGCAGAGAUCAGAGACCAGUACAACGAGGUGGACUGUCGCCUCAUCGCCAAAGAGAUGGGCAUUACAUCACGAGAUAAUUCCACACCGGUCUACCUGUUGAGAAAUAUCAGCCAACAUCUCAACGGAACGUCACGGACAAUCGGAGCUGCUCUGAUUGGUCGUUUCGGAGUCAGGACAUUCAUGUCAAACAGUGCCGCCACCAGCUUCCAGUAUAUCGGUGGACCUGUUGUUCCUCUCAGCCUGGUUGCCAUGGCUUCGGACGACAACUCUUUGUACGCUGCUGUCAAAGUUCUGCUCUCAGUGUUGGACACCAACCCUGUGAUGGCACAAGAGAUGAAACGUAUCGAGGGCUACAAGCUUUUUGCAUUCCUCCUGAAGAUGAAGUCUCAUUUGAUCAGUAACAGGACAUUCCAGUUGAUUCUGUCUGUCGUGGGCACCAUGGACCUGGGCUCUGGGAUGAUAUGUGUGCCAAACGCCAGUGCCUUCCAGGCCAUCCUCUGUGACUCAGAGGUGUGGCAGAAAACCCCAGACAAUCUUGACCUGGCUGUGUUAAAUCAUUUUGCUGACAUCCUGAAAUCAUCAAGCGUUAACCACCGAAAUGCUGAAAUCAUGCACAGUCUAAAUAUGAUGUUGAAGCUGCUCUUCCUGCAGCUGGGACCCACAGUCACCCAAAAGAAAGCCACAGUCAUAUGCGACAUCAUUCAGUGCCUACUCAUGGAACAUUUCAACACCAGAGACAUCACCAGCCUUGGACUCUUCCUGGUUUACACUCUGCUCCCUCCCACGCAAACCGAGGACAGCACUUUAAUGAAUAUACAGUCCCAAGCUUUAAGCCAGACACCCGCGGGAAUGGUCUGGAUCCGGAACCAGCUGUUGGAGAUGUUGUCUUCUCUAAUCAUCUCAGACAGUGCACUUCCCACGAAUAAUCAGGAGGAGAUCUUCUACAUGCUGGGAUCAGACUGGUUCCUCCUCUUCAUGCAGGGACGAAACCACCCAAGCACCGUCCUAUUGGCUCUGAGGCUGCUCACUCAUUUCCUGUCCAAUCAGAACAUUCUGUCCAAGUUUAGAGAGGGUGUGUCGCCAGGGACACUCAUAGAGAAAAUGGAAGAGCCAUCCAUUAUCACAGAUCAGUUAAAGGGAGCGUCAUGGUCAUACGAAUGUAUGAGCGGCGUGUGUCCGGGGUUCGACGUGCUCCAGAGGCUUCUGGUUCACCACGUGAAAAUCCCUCAGAUCUACAGCAUCCUGGCUGCGUUGCUGCUGGGAGACACCGGCUUCGAAACACCUGCGGACCAGGUUGAUCUUGAUGAAGUUCUACAGAGCAUAAUUGACAGCUCUAGUAACAAAAAGCAAGUCCAGCUUUGUCCUGAUGCGGCCUGCGUUCUUUUAGAGCUGGUUAAGUUCAUCAUCAACAAGCCCAUAACAGGAAGUGAAGAAGAUUGGGAGGUACGUUAUCCAGGCAGCUUGAUGCAGUUCCUGUGUCUGGUACACAGUCUUUACCCCCGAGAUCCCCUGUGGAUGUCACCCGAUUUCCUUACCUCAUUGGCCAGUGCUGUAUUCCCCCACGACAACCCUGAGCAGAACUCUUCAGAUCUCCACGGUAACGAACAGGGUGGGGGAGAGGCGGAGCCCCCGUAUCUCCGCCCAUCCCACCCCGCCAGGAAGCAGGUGUGUGACUUCAUUCGCAUCCUCCUGAUGGACAGCAUCAUCAACAUUCCAGCCAAAGAUCAACUCCACCCAGUCGUCCAGCUCCUGGAGUUCUCUCCAGACGGCGCAUCUCAGGAACAGAAACAGAGUUUCCAGACUGAGCUGUUGGACUUUCUGAUGAACAUCAUCCACAUGACCAGCCAGGAGGAAGGCCAGGCUACACACCUGGCACGAGAAGAUUCGCCCAAAGCUGGACCAGAGGGCAGAGUGACAACCCUGUUUGAAAAUGUGGCUGUGUUCUGUAAGAAACUGGUGGAGAAACUCUACGCAGGCAUGUUUGUGGUGGAUCCUCAACAGCUGCUCAUUUUCCUGGCAGAACAGAUUGUUGUGGCCAUGGAGAAAGGGCAGUCCCAGAGGGAGAUGACGGUCAGCAUUCUGUACAAAAGCUUCAACAGGGCCCUCCUCUACUUCCUGUCAAGGCCUAGACAGUCUCCCUCUGACAAACAGCUCAUUCUCAGGACGCUCCAAGUACUGCAGCAGCAGUGGGACGUCGUCAUGGCGACCUACAACGCCAACAUCCACUUCAUCACUUGCUUGAUGCAUUGCCUUCUCCUCAUCCGGUCUGGCAGCUUUCCUGAUGGCUUUGGGUGUGAAAUGCACAAAAAGCAUUCCAGAAAAAUCUGGAGACAUCUGUUCCCACACAAAAACAGCAACGUAGUGGUUCUAGCUGACGUUCCUGAUUCUGCUGAAGUGGAGUCCGAGCUGAUGAACCUGGUGGAGAGCACGUGGAGUAAGAUCGUGCUGGAGAGAAGACACUUUUUGGAGGAGGCUCAUAAGAUCGACCUGUCGGCCAAGCAGGCGGGUAGACUGGCCCCCGUCAGCAUGACCGACGUCUCCCCCCUGUGGGAGGAGAUCGCAAACAGAGUCUGGCAGCACUUCAUUGACUCUCAGAAGAAGAAAGUGAAUAACGGGCAACAGAGGAAAGUCGGUCUUCUGAGCAGCGCGGUCCGCUCGGCGCAAAAGAAACUGGGAAAAGACUCCGGCUGCACCGUGGAGCAAUUCCUGGAAGGUUUAGAAACUCUGCGAUACACCGGACAGGACAUAUUUGAACGCAUGCUGAAAAACCAGUUACAGGUGAGACUCAGUGAGAAUGAUCAUAUGAGUCAGUACUGGCUGAGCGUAGAGGAGGAGCUGCUGAGGGAGAGGGGCUUGUUUGGACCGGGCCCCGGGAUCUUUCUCAAACGGGGCUGGGUCCAAAACGCCGCGGAGGGGCCCAACCGGAUGAGAGCCCGCAUCCGCAGGAAGUCCCUGCGUCGCUCCAAAAAGUUGCCAACGCUGAACUCAGGCCUGUUACUGAAGACUACUGGUAUUGAAGAGAAUAGAGGAGUAGCAGAAGUCACUGACUCUGAUUCAGAGCUGAGGAUCCUGUGUGAGGCGGGAAAGGAAGCAGAUGAAGACUGUGGGCUGGACUGUGAGAGGUUAACCUUCUUCCCAGUGCUGACUGAUGCUGCGGCCCAGGCUGAAGACUUCUCUGUGCACUGCACAGAGACCCAGGUCAUUCUGCAGGAGCUGGUCCCAGAUGAGGAGGUGAAAACCAAAGCGUGUGUGGUCAUAGUUAACGGCCAUAAACUGAGAGAGGGCGUGUUGCUGUUUGGUAAGGCUGAUCUGUACAUCUGUGAGGAUUUUACUCUGACCUCAGCAGGAGACAUAUGCUGCAAGACCCAUCACUCUACCAGUAUAAGGGAUUCGUUUAUCUGUGGCAUGUUUAAGAAGGAGAAGGGUCCGGUGAGUCCCGGCUGCAGGCGCUGGUCCUAUGAGGACAUUAAAGAGGUCCAUUUUAUGCGCUUCCUUCUGGAGGAUAAUUCUCUGGAAAUCCUCAUGAGGAAUGGUUGCUCAGUGUUCCUGGUUUUCCAGAAUCGAGAGCACAUAGCUGUGUUUAAGAGGUUGAGCUCUGUAGUACCAUCAUUGAAAGCAAGAGGGGUCGCUGAGGCCAUUCACACUGUGAAGAAGACAGCAGGGGUUGAGAAGGUUGCUCUGUUGAAAUGGCAGAAAGGAGAAAUGAGUAAUUUCGAAUACCUCAUGCACUUGAACACCCUGGCUGGUCGUACCUACAAUGACCUGAUGCAGUACCCUGUCUUUCCGUGGAUUCUCGCUGACUACGAGUCAGAGACUCUGGACCUUUCUUCGCCUGCUACGUUCAGAGACCUGUCCAAACCGAUGGGCGCCCAGACGGAGAAAAGAAAAGAAAGUUUCAUUCAGAGAUAUAAUGAAGUGGAGAGCACAGAAGGUGACCUGUCAGCCCGCUGUCAUUAUUGCACACACUACUCCUCGGCCAUCAUUGUGGCCUCUUACCUGGUCAGGAUGGAGCCCUUCUCCCAGACGUUCCUCUCUCUGCAGGGCGGUUCGUUUGACGUUCCAGAGCGAAUGUUUCACAGCGUGCAGAAGGAGUGGGAGUCGGCCUCUGGAGACAACAUGAGCGACGUCAGAGAGCUAAUCCCGGAAUUCUACUACCUGCCAGAUUUUCUCGUCAACUCCAACAACUUUGAGUUUGGUCGCAUGCAGGAUGGUACCUCUCUGGGAGAUGUAGUUUUGCCAGCUUGGGCCAAAGGAGAUCCACAGGAAUUCAUUAGGAUUCACAGAGAGGCGUUGGAGAGCGACUACGUCAGCGCCCACCUUCACCUGUGGAUAGACCUGAUCUUUGGCUACAAACAGCAGGGUUCGGCCGCGGUGGAGGCGCUCAACGUCUUUCACCCCUACUUCUACGCCGACACGCACGACUCCGAGAGCAUGAAGGACCCGCUGAAAAAGAGCACCAUCCUUGGCUACGUCAGCAAUUUUGGCCAAAUCCCCAAACAGCUCUUCACAAAACCUCACCCCAGUCGAAUCGCACACAAGAACUCAGCAGGAAAGGAGCCAGCCGGGGCCAAUCACGUUACUCCAUUCUUCUUCAGGCUUGACAAGCUGAAGCCCUCUGUUCAGCCAAUUAAAGAGCUGUUGGACGGGCCAGUCGGCCACAUUGUGUGUGGGGAGAAGGAGGUCCUGGCUGUGGAGAAAAACAGACUGCUUAUGCCUCCUCUCUGGAGCGCCGUCUUCUCUUGGGGUUUCUAUGACAACACCUGUUCGUUUGGCAACUACAGUACAGAAAAGAGCUUUGCGGUGUGUGAGAGCCUGUCAGACUGGGGAGAGACUGUAUGCGCGGCCUGUGCCAACGCCAACACCAUCAUCACAGCAGGGAGCAGCACUGUGGUGUGUGUGUGGGACGUGUCCGUCAGCAGAGACAAGCUCAAACACAUGAAACUCAAACAGACCCUGUAUGGACACACGGACACGGUGAGGUGUUUGGUGGUGUCUGAGGCUCACAGCAUUAUCAUCAGUGGUUCCUCUGACCAGACCUGUAUCCUGUGGGACCUGGAGGAGCUCAGCUAUGUCACUCAGCUCCCAGACCACUCCACCGCCGUCUCUGCCCUGGCCAUCAACGACCUGACGGGUGAGAUCGUGUCCUGUGCUGGGACCCAUAUGUACCUGUGGACAAUGAAGGGUCACCUGCUGACCUCUUUAGACACUUCCUCUGGAUCAGAGGACAACAUCCUGUGCUGCUGUUUCACUCAGAAAAACGAGUGGGAUUCCCGAAACGUCAUCGUCACGGGCUGCGAGGACGGCAUCGUCAGGAUAUGGAAGACGGAAUAUACAAGAACACAAUUACCUGGACAUGAAGAGCAAACCGACUCCCAGGGGCAUGUUCAGUCCACAGAUCCGGUGGAAACGGACAGGACAGGUAGGACGUGGGAACGGCACCUGGUUCUGUGUCGGGAGCUGAAUCGGAGUCAGGUGGUUUCACGGAGACGCUACAAAAGUAAUCCAGCGGUGACCGCGUUGGCUGUAUCCAGGACACAUGGCACUCUGUUGGUUGGAGAUGCGUGGGGCAGGGUGUUCAGCUGGAUCUGUGAAGUAUAAGAAAAAACUCCCAGACCCUUAACGCGCCCUCAGUGCUUGUUCUCCGCAUGGGGAGUGGUAGACACAGGCUUCCCAGCCUUACUGCUGACUGGAGGAGACUGGAAUGGAGGCCUUUUGUGUGCGUGCGUGCGUGCGUGUGUGUGUGUGUGUGUGUGUGUGUGUGUUUGAGUGGUGACAUAUGGUUUCUUGGACGCGGUGAGGCCAGAAACAGAGCCCCGCUUAUUUAAGAAGUGAUUUAAGAAAUGAAUUAUGCUGCAGUGUUUUUUUUUAUCUUUUCUCCUCCGUCAGGGCCGUGUGGCAGAUCCCUUUUUAUUGUACAGCAGUUAUUGGGGUUUUCUUUUUCCCUUUCUUAGUAAACUGUCAGAAAGCCAAAGUGAUGUUUAUUUUAUGAACGUUCAUCUGCUGAAGUUUUAUACCCCGCCCAGCUGCAUACUAUAUUAUUACUUAGACAGUUUUGUUUGUUUGUUUGUUUGUUUGUUUGUUUAAUUGUGUGUCUGUGUAUUGUAAGCUUCCUGCUGGUCAUAUGGAUUUGUGCACUAUGUACACAUUCCUUACACUGAGCAGCAGGGUUCUGCUCAGAAAUAGAGUUAUAUGCUCAAGGACAUUGGGUAAGACGUCAU